AUAUGGGGAUAAUAAAAAAUAAUAUAAAGGGAUAAACAGAACAGCGGGAGAGUGAUUAUUCUAAUUAUUUUAGCAGAAGUAGUAAUAAUGAUUGUAUUUCAUGUUUCUUCGAAGCGCCUCUUCACUAAGGAAGAUUCGUCCUCGUCGGCCACCGUAUGAUGUCGUGGCGUUUCCUACCGUAACGGAAGUCAGUGUUACACCGACCGGGCUCCCAUUUAGCCUCUAGAAUUUUCCUUCAGACUUUAUAAACAUAUUGGGAAGAGUUAAUUUCAGUGGAUCGAGAUGAGGCGCGCCGGAUUAGCUGAAGGAGGCUCUGGACAUUAUGUAGCCAGCGGCUACAGUGUUUAUGAGGAGGAAAAUGAACAUCUUCAGGAGGGACUGAGGGCUAAGGUCGGCGCCCUGAAGAGUCUGUCAAUUGACAUCGGAACCGAAGUGAAGUACCAGAAUAAAAUGUUGAACGAAAUGGACUCAGACUUUGACUCGACAGGCGGACUGCUCGGGGCCACUAUCGGCAGAGUAAAACGGCUGUCCAGAGGCAGUCAGACCAAACUGCUGUGCUACAUGCUGCUCUUCUGCUUUUUUGUCUUCUUUGUUCUUUACUGGUUUAUCAAGUUGAGGUGAUAAGGGCUGCCAUUUGGACUUGGACCUUUAGUUCCACAUAUUUAGUUCCUGUCUGAUGCAUCUCUAAACUAGACCAGCUGGAAUAUGAAAUAAAUGUGAUUCGACGUUUUCUGCUCAGUGUCUGAGCUCCAGAAUCUGUCUCCCCCCCCAUUCCUGGAUAAACUAAAAAAUGGUUUAUUAAAGUGAAAAAGACCUAAAAUGACAUGAUAUAUUUUGUACAGUUUGUAUACAUGGAGUUGUGUUAGUAUUUGUUUGUGGUUCAGAACUGCCUAUAGUGAUAGAACAGGUAACAACACAGCAUAUGUUGUGUUAAGUUAUUUUAAUUGUAAGCAAUAACACCCUACAGAUGCAAUUUACUAUAGGUGUUUAUGCUAAAGAAUAAAUGAAUAUACAGUCAUCAGAUUCAUGACAGCGAUAUCUUUGUUUCGUAAUUGAUGUAAAAGUGUUAUUGUAAAUAAACAAAUUUUACGUUCUAAA